AGGAAGUCUUGAACCGUGGCGACUUCAGGUACAACUGGCAGAAACUCCUUUCACCUGAGCAGAAGGAGGAGCUCUACAAGGAGGCCAUGGAGGUUUGGGCUGAGGACGCCUUGCAGUACCAUGACCUGGACAGAGACCAGAGAGUGACGCUGGAAGAGCUGGCGUACAACUUCCUGCAUUGGAAUGUGAUACAGUCCCGGUCUCACAGGCUGCGAAGCAUUCGAGAUCGUCAGCCAAGCUCAUGGGUGCAGACGGCCUUAAAGAUCGAGAAGGAGUAUUUGCAGAAGUACUUCUGUGAAGAUGCUGCCGCCUGCCCUGAGCUGGAGGAGUUGGACCGGUAUGGAAAGCAUUUGAGCUCUUCGAAGAAGGCCUCCAAGGCAGCCUACCAGAGGAUCCAGUCCAUGAUGUCAGGUGAGGAGGGCGAUGAAGUCCUUACCAUGGUGGACCGGGCCUCAGGCAGCCAUGAGGCACGCAAGGUCUCGGAGCUCAGAAGCGAGCUUUGAGGGGAUGUGCUGCAUGAGCACCUGCGAUAGAUUUUGACCUCGGCGGAUGCCGUUAUAGGUGUCAAAGCUCACAGAAGCUGUGCUUUGGCAGUGUCUCCAUGUUUGCUGGACAGUGGUGCACCAUUACCAAACAAUUGAAC